AUGCAAGCUAUAGGACUGAAGACGUGGGUAUGGAGUCCUCUACUCUGUCUGGUUCUUAUCUCUCUCUUACCUGUGCAAGCUCAGGGUCAAGUUGCCACCCCACGAAGACUUCGUUUCAAAGUCCUGAGCGCAACCCAGCUGCAUGUGUCAUGGAAAGAACCGAAAGGAGACUUUGAAAGCUACAGAUUUAUUUAUAGCACACAAUCAGAUGCAGAGGAGACUGAACUAGAGGUGACAAAGAAGGAAGCCAAAGUGAUCAUAGACUUUGACCCCAGAAAGUUGUACAUAGUCAAGGUCACUGCUGUGAAAGGUGCUCAGAAGAGCAAGCCACUUCAAGGAACAUUUAAGGCCCAACUUUCAGAGCCUGACAAUGAGAACGUACAGCCCCAGAAUGUACGACCCAAAAACCAGAAAGACACCAGUGUCACUGAGGAGAACAAUGAGAUAUCUGAAGGAAGGAUAUUGGACCCUGAUAUUGAUGAAUCUUCUGGGGCCACAUCCGGCGUGGCGGUGGUGUCAUAA